GGCCAAUAAUGACGAUGAGCUACAUGCCUGCAUGCCCGUCUACCUACCUGUCUAGGCACAAUACUACAAAGCAGCCUUGUUGGCACAUGAUCAGACCAUACGCCGUUUGUUCUCUGGUGCCUUCUCUUUCGGUCUUGGUGGCGCGGGUGCUAACUCUCUACUAUCUUCUCAUUCGACUUCGCUUCCAUCAAUUUCGCAAUUGCUCCAUACAAUACGGUGAAUGGACUGCUCGUGCGGAUCCCAUCGAUCUCCAAAUCUCAUAGAAGCAAUAUUUCACAUUCCAUAUUUCUGCCCGUGGGGACUUAGGUAAUCGCUCAAAUCUAGAACUAAUUCACAAUCCCUCUCCAUAAGGCUACUAGCAUUUCUCGGGUCCCAACCUAAUCUAGAAAGUUGAAAUUAUGUCGGAAAACGAACAACGUGAAGGAACACCUCAAUCACCCAUUUUAUCAGAGAGUCCCAAUCCCGUAACCCCACGACAAUCCGACGACCAGCAAGAACCUCAGAGAAAUUUUGUAAUCAUACCUGAAGAUCAGCGAAUCAAAAACUUCCAUAUGUAUUCCAAUUCUCAUCGGGAUCUUCACCCGUAUACUCGUCCUCUGACUGUCUCCGAUCUGGAGUCUGUUUUGGCCCUCGAGAAUAUCGCCUUCGAAGAUCCAAAUGAGAGAGCAUCUAGAGAAAAGCUAAGGUAUAGACUUACCAGAUGUGGUGAGCUAUGCUUGGGUAUCUUCUGCACCAUGAUCCCCGGCUCCGAUCCCAAGAUCGAGACUCUUGCCACAGGACAUCCUGUUGAAACCAGUCGAAGGAAUGGAGCGAUUAGUGUUCUCAUCGGUCAUGUCAUUGCAGCCAAGACACAUGACACGACAGCUUCGGAUGCAUCCAUGGGAGUUCCUGAAGGGUGGGAAGCUACUAAACCUCCACGUACAAAUGUUGGCCAUCAAGAAGAUGGCCGGACUAUAGUACUUCACUCGGUUGCAAUUCUGCCGGCAUUUCAAGGACGAGGUUUGGGGAGAGUUCUCAUGGCUGCGUACAUGCAACAAAUGAAUGGUGCUGGAAUUGCUGAUAGAUUGGCUCUUAUCGCGCAUGAUCAUAAAGUGAAUUUCUACAAGAUGCUUGGCUUUUUAGAGAAGGGUAAAAGCGAUGCUCAAUUUGGUGGCGGCGGCUGGUAUGAUAUGAUUUAUGAACUUAAGACUCCCGAGGCACGAACAGCUUAUGGUUAGAGAGAGAUACCCUUUACAGUUUUGGUUCACACAUGGUUCAUUGUCA